UGUUAGUGGCUCGUAAGGUUUGAAGAUAGAGUGAACCUUUAUUUCAGACUACUGUGCACACUGAGCUUAAACAUACUGUAUAUUUAUAUUUAUGACACAGUUAAGCCAAAAGUGCGUGAGCCAAUUAUUUAUUUUAUUUAUUUAUUUAUUUUAUGUUGCUGAACUUUGUGCCAUUAAAUUUGUUGCUCUGUUUCUUGACAGUAUAAGAUUUUCGGCACUGUUUCCGGUCCGUGUAGUUUAUUUCAAAUUAAAUGAGCUUUUAUUAUUUAGUUUCGCCUAAAACGGAAGAAGUGUUACAACUUCCGGUUAAGUACAAACUAUGCAGCGCCUCAGUUGUCAUUCAGUCCAGCGUGCCUGAAUUUAUGAUAUAACCAUGUUAACACCACCGAAGGAGGGAAUGCCCAGUGUAAUAGACAGGGCUCUGAGGAUGAGGAGAGAGGAGCAGGCUCGACAGGUGGUCCUCGCCUGGGCUGUGCUCAACGUGUCCCUAGCUGGCAUGAUUUACACCGAAAUGUCAGGGAAACUGCUGAGCAGAUACUACAACAUCACAUACUGGCCAAUUUGGUACAUUGAACUUGCAUUGGCCUCACUUUUUAGCCUCAAUGCUAUUUUUGACUUCUGGAAGUAUUUCAAAUACACAAUGGCUCCUUCCACCAUUGCGGUGUCUCCUGAGCAGCAUCGUCUUUUGGGUCUUGGAAACACAAGCAUUCAGGCUUCUCCUCCACAGAAGCCAGAGAAAAAGGAGACUCCAGCUCCAGCACAGUCAUCCCCACUACAAGGCCAAAGUGUACUAAGUUUCAGCCCCUCUCGACCAGUCGCCACCAGCCCAAAGUUCUCUCCGAGUUGUGUGCCUGGGUACAGUCCUCCUCUUAGCAACCCAUCCAGCCCAAAUAGUGCAGGAGGUCAUUUUUCCCCCUCGGUGGCGCUUGGAAAAGUGUUGAAUUAUAGUCCCUCACCUUCCUCUCCCUAUCCCAGUAGUAUUGGUCCAGCAGAAGGCUCUAGCCUGAGGGCUCGAUACCGUACCUCUCCCUCUGUCUUUAAUUCCCCAGGUAGCAAAGAAGACUACAUGGAAGAUCUGAAAUGCCUGGAGAGGUUCCUCCGCACAGAGGAGGAGAAGAGUCAUCGCAGCCAGCUGGGAAGUCCAGAGUCUGCCUCUCCCAACCAUAGUCCAACAUUUUGGAACUACAACCGCUCAGUGGGAGAUUAUGCGCAGAGCCUGAGAAAAUUCCUUUACCAGCCAGCUUGUCGCUCUCAGGCUCCAUCUGCCCACAAAGAUGAGACUGAUCUGGGCUCCAAACAGGCUGCAGAGGAGGUGUGGGCUAGAAUCACAACGAGUCGCCCUGUGAUAGACUGCAUCGAUAGCUGGACAGCAAAGCUUAGAAAUUGGAUCAGUGACACCAUCUUGGUCCCCUUGGUGAAGGAAACGGAGUCUGUCAACAGCCAGCUUAGGAGGAUGGGCUGUCCUGAGCUCCAGAUAGGAGAGGCCAGCAUUAGCAGUCUAAAGCAGGCAGCAGUGAUGAAGGCCUCCUCAAUUCCCACUUUGAAUUCUAUUGUCCAGUACCUGGACAUUACACCCAACCAAGAAUACAUAGUGGAUCGUAUAAAAGAACUGGCUCACAGCGGCUGCAUGAGCUCGUUCCGUUGGAAUGGUGGUGGUGAUCUAAAGAACAGGAAGUGGGACACGGACCUUCCUACUGACUGUGCUAUCCUUAUGCAUGUGUUCUGUACAUACUUGGACUCCAGACUGCCCCCACACCCAAAGUACCCAGAUGGAAAAACUUUCACUUCACAGCACUUCAGCCACACUCCAGACAAACCUGAUGUAACCAAGGAGAAUCUCUUCUGCAUCCACCAAAGUGGCACCACUCCCCCUCAUUACCAGCUCAUUUACCAGGGACACAUAUACAGUCUUCCAAAGGGCAGGAAUAACCUGUUCCACACCAUCCUAAUGUUCCUCUAUGUCAUUAAGACAAAGGAGUCAGGGAUGCUGGGGAGAGUGAAUCUCGGCCUUUCUGGGGUAAAUAUCCUGUGGAUUUUUGAAGACUGAUUCAUCGUGUUUUACCUCCAGAAAAAACUGCAGGUGGAUUUGACCCCAGUUCGUGCUUUAUGACUUAUUUGCUGGAUAAGUUGGAUAAGGACUGAUCUUUCAGAGGCACAUUUACAUGCACAGUUGGGAAAUUUCUUUUUCUUUAUUUUAUAGUUUGUCAGCAUGUUGUAUUGUUAUUUACACAACAACACAAGUCUGUUUCACCGCAGUGUGCUUACAACACAGUGCAGAGCUGCAUAGACAUAUUGUUUAAUAACUGAUUUUGUAUUUUCAGAAUGUACCAGCAUGGCAGCCUUGUAAAUAAUAUACCUCAGAACUGGUGGAAAGCAUAGGGCUCGUACCAUUCAACUUGAAUGUGAAUGACUCUGCGUGCGUGCUUGUAUGAAAUUCUGGAAUCUUUUUCAACUGGUAUGCUGGUUCUGUCUUUAUUUGAACAAAUGUAAGCUGGCCAGCUCCUGACAUGCUUGAAAUUACCUAAAGGAAUUGGGCUUGUAUAAAAUCAGAUGCAGUAAACUGUACAAAUCAUGAAUAUAUUUCGUUUGAGAAGCAUCCAAAAUUCCAAAGUUAUGAUGCACCACACAUGUAUCAGUUUUGAUUUUAAUGAGGUGGAGCACAAAUGGAAAGGUCCUAGUAUCACUGAAUAUAUUAACUUUAAAUGAACUCCAAAUGAUACACUAGAUUUUUGUGUACAAUUUUGGAUUUCAACCCAUUUGUUACAAUCCAGGGGAUUUUAACCCUUUAAUUGUAUAUUUGUUUUUUUAGUAAUAGAAUUUUAUAAAUGUCACAUGAAGCUUGAAUCAAUAAAAUGUAGACAGAAAACCA